AUGAAUAGAUUCUACGGUUGCUUCGACAAAUGCGCAUCCAUUAGCAUGGCUGCAGAAUGCAAAUAUGGCGGCUAUCCGAAUCCUCGAAAUUGCUCCAAAUGCAUUUGUCCGCAUGGAUUCGGUGGUGCUGUUUGCACCGAAAGACCAAACACCUGCGGUGCAACUGUCAAGGCUCUUUCCGAAAAGCAAAGCAUUGAAGACACUUUGGGAGAUAUAAAUGACGCAACAUCACGUGAUGAAUUCGAUAUGUGCUACUACUGGAUUGAGAAUCCUCAGGAAAAAACAGUCGAAUUAACAAUCACGGACCUCUCUAUCAAAUACGAGAAAUCGGGCUUUACCAUGGUAACUUCUGAUGCGGGCUGCAGUGUGGGAGGAGUUGAGAUCAAAGCACAGAAAGAUUACAUGAACAGUGGCUACAGAUUCUGUAACAUGCAAAACAAGGGGAAGAUCAUUUAUUCAUCAAACCGCGUUAUUCCUGUCAUACUUUACAGCCGCGUAGGAGCUACUGUCCUCCAGUUGGACUAUCGCACAAGUAUGUGA